AUGUCAAAUAAAGCGGCAUUGUUGCCUUUGAUCCUGGAAAAAGUUUUCGAAAAGUACUCUGCCUCCAAUAUUGAUAAUAAUUUAGGUGAUUUGUUUGUGGAAUUAAAUGCCAUAUUGACGGCACGUGUGGUUAAGGCAGCUUUAAAUUUACUGGACCACCAAUGUAUUGUGGUCUAUCACAAUAUCCCCAAAACUAAACAAGUAGCACAAGUAAACGAGAGUUCCUCAAAAAUCAUUUGGGUAUUUCCUCAUGUUAAUUACUGCACUUGUACCUACUUCCAAGAGCAAGUAUUGGGUGCCAAAGAUCCAAGUACAUCCUCCUACACCUGCGAACACGUUUUGGCUUUACGUUUGUCUCAUCUGCUUAAAAGCGAUAAGGUACGAUUUGAGGAACUGCCGUUUAGUAAAUUAAAAGUACUGCUUUCCAACUUCUUACCAGAGGAUAAUCACCAGAGCGACUGA